AUGGCCGAUGUGCUUUCCCCCCGCCGAGAGGGCUCGCCCUUCCACGGCCCAAUUCGCUCCCCAAUGCGCUCCCCAUCGUCCGCUUCGCUGUCCUUCGACACGUACACGCCACUCCGCAAGAACCAGUACUCGCUGCCAGACGUUUCCUCGCCCUCGCUGGCCUCCUCCUCACGCACAUCGUCAUUGCACUCUACGCCCUCGAGUAGUCUCUCCCUCGACACCAAGUCAGACGAGUCGAGUAGCGACGACGAUGGCCUGGCUUUCCCCAACUAUAGCACCGCGCGGCAGUACAGGAAAGGAUUUGCUCCCUGUGACAUGGAGACAUCCACCUCUAUAGCUACGGCUACGGCUACGGCUACGGCUACGGCAGCCCAACCUUCCGCAUCGCCCUCGCCACUACCCAGCGAGGGCCUUUCUUCAGAUACGCCAUUAACCACACCAGACCCACUACCCAUGUCAGAGGACGACACAGCAGUCCGCAAAGAGCCUUCACAUCACGUCGACUAUCUCUCGUACGAAUGGCGAGAGGAGGACAUUUGGUCGUCUUGGCGGCACAUUGUGGAGCACCGCAAAGUUUAUGGCGAGCGAUCCAGGCUCGAAAAUGCCUCCUGGAGGACGUGGGCCAAAUCGCAGUUCAAGCUGAAGACUGUGUCCCCUGAAACGCUGAAUUGGCUGAAAGACGUGGAUGUUACGUGGCUGUAUGGGCCUAUGCAACCUGCCUCGAACCGAUUGUGCUCGCAACAAAAUUCGGAGCCCGCCAGCCGGUUAUCCAAGUGUGGUUCUUUCGUCAAUGGCGUCAAGAAGCCAAUUCUUAAAAAGCGCAGCAUGUCAGAAGCCAUGCUACAGAGGUCACUUUCAUCUUCAUCGCUGGUAAAGCAGGCCGCAGAGUCAGUGCAGGCCCAACAGACGACAGGCGGGACUCUGGAGCUACGGAAAUCUCGACCAAUCAUCGGUAGGGCCACCCCUGAUCUGCCAACAUCCUCGACAAUGUCAAGAGGGUUGAUCUGGGAGGGCACCGACUACUUCUCUUCAAAGUCUACGUCGGGACUGCACACACCAGAUCACAGUGAGAAGAAGCACAUUCGAUUCGACGAUAAUGUGGAGCAAUGCAUUGCUGUGGAAUGCAAAGACGCUGAUGACGAUGAGGAUGACUACAACCACAACCCCUGGGCCAAGUAUCAUGAUGAAGAAUCUUCGUCUGACGAGGGCGUGGUGAUGAUGAAGCGCUCUCGAAAGAAGAGGCCGUUGUCACGAACGACAUCAACAACUAGCAUCAGCAGCGAUAACAAAACCAUCGCUAUGCUACCAUCCACAACACUCAAAUACAGGACCGACUCACCCGACGUCACAGCACAGCCCCAGUCUCAGGGAAUUGGUUUCUGGCGGCAAGGUCGAUUAUCACCUUCACCGUCACAAGAGACACUGAAGCCUUCUAAUCCGUCGAGAAACUUUCUACUCGCAGAGGAUGAUGAAGAGGGGGAUGCCUACUUUAACCCCUCGAGCGCGUAUGGGAGCAAGCGGCCCAGCACGCCGACUGCCUCAGACCCUUACUCAUUACGAGCGAGCAACUCGUCAACAUCCUUGGAGUCUGGUGGACUCCGAAGAACGGCAUCCGGCAUGUUUAUGCCUUUCGAGGACAACGAAGAAGACCCACCCCCACCUGGCAUAUUAGGUCGGGUUGUAGACACAGUUAAUACCGCACGAGAUAUUGCACAUGUGAUAUGGAAUGCCGGGUGGAAGAAUUAG